AUGUCGUUUCUCAGACGUCGCUUUGGCGGCGGAGGCAGCGGAGGUGACGAUACCACGCCCGACCUCUCCCGCGAACCUUCGCCCGGACCGGACGGAAAACGUCCGCCCAAUGUGAGGCUGAUUACGACUGAGCAACUGCAGACGCUCAAGCAAAAGGGAAAGCACAAGAAGAGGAGAAAUGUGUGGGUGUUUGGGCUGGGUGGCCUGUUUGGCCUGCUGCUCGCGGGCUUCUUCGCCAGCAGUAAUGAUAUGAUCGAUCUGACUGGUCUGGAGAACAUGAAUCUGGAGAGCAUUAUGGAGGCUCUGCCCGAUAACUUCGUUAAGAGCGCACAGCAAUUGCAGAAAACAGAACGAGACGCCGUAAACUAUGAUUCCUUCGCCGUCGGUCUACAUGCCCAGAAACAGGGUAUCAAGGCCAAACACCCCGUCAUCAUGAUCCCCGGCGUCAUCUCCACAGGUCUCGAGUCCUGGGGCACCGAAGAACUGUCGCGACCAUACUUCCGCAAGCGGCUAUGGGGUUCCUGGACCAUGAUGCGCGCCUUGGUGCUUGACAAGGUCCAAUGGAAGCGACACAUCAUGCUUGACAAGGACACUGGUCUUGAUCCACCUGGCGUCAAGUUGAGAGCGGCGCAAGGAUUCGACGCAGCAGACUUCUUCAUAACGGGCUACUGGAUAUGGAACAAGAUUCUUGAGAACCUCGCUACCAUAGGCUACGAUCCCGGAAACGCCUUCACAGCGGCCUACGACUGGCGCAUGUCGUACAUGAACUACGAGAUUCGCGACCAAUACUUUACCCGUCUCAAGUCGCAUAUCGAAGUCGCCGUUCGCGUUUCGGAUAAGAAAGUCGUCCUCCUCUCGCACUCCAUGGGCUCACAAGUGCUAUACUACUUCCUUCACUGGGUGGAAGCAGAGGGAUACGGCAAUGGCGGUUCAAGCUGGGUGGAAGACCAUGUGGAGAGUUGGAUCAACAUCUCAGGCUGCAUGCUCGGUGCAUUGAAAGACAUGCCCGCCGUUUUGUCUGGCGAGAUGAAAGAUACUGCUCAACUCAACGCCUUUGCGGUCUACGGUCUCGAGCGUUUCCUUAGUCGGUACGAGCGCGCUGAGAUAUUCCGCGCCAUGCCAGGUCUCUCCUCUAUGCUCCCUAUGGGCGGAAACGCCGUCUGGGGCGACGAGAACGGCGCCCCUGAUGACCUACCAGGACAAAACAUCACCUUUGGCCCCUUCAUCCGCUUCCGCAAUUCAAACUCGACGCUUACGCAGAAGAACGUUACCGUCGAAGAGAGCCUGCCCUUCCUAUUCCGAAACACCGAGCCCUGGUUCAAGAAAAUGAUACAAACCUCCUACUCCCACGGCGUAGCGCACACAACCAAGCAAGUCGAAGACAACCAACUCAUUCCCGCCAAGUGGGCAAACCCGCUAGAGUCGCGUCUCCCGCUGGCUCCCAGUCUAAAGAUCUACUGCUUCUACGGCAUCGGCAAGGAUACAGAACGUGCGUAUUACUACCGCUCAGACGAUGAUCCCCUCAGCGGCUUAAACGUCACCCUCGACACAAUGUACACCCAAGGAAAUGUCGACCACGGCGUCGUUAUGGGCGAAGGCGAUGGUACCGUCAACCUCCUCAGCUCAGGCUACAUGUGCGCAAAAGGCUGGAAAAUGAAGCGUUACAAUCCCGCCGGCGUGAAAGUGACUACGUUUGAGAUGAAACAUGAACCUGAUAGGUUCAGUCCUAGGGGCGGUCCUAAUACUGCGGAUCACGUAGACAUCCUCGGCCGCAUGUCCCUCAACGACCUCAUCUUGCAAGUCGCCGGCGGUAGAGGCGAGUUGAUCCAAGAAACAAUCCACUCCAACAUCCGCGAGUAUGCCGAGAAAGUCAAGAUAUACGAGGAAGAAGAGUGA